AUAUCUUCUUUUAUUUUAUAUACAUACACACACAAGUAUAUACAAAUACAUCAUAUCCAAAGCAUUCUUCAAAGAAAUUAAGUGUCCGAAGAUCCAUCUGUAUAGAAAUUAACACUAGCUAGCUAAUUAAUUGAAGUAGUACGAAGUACUUAUCAUCAUAUAUAUCUGUAUCAUGGAAAUUGGAUAUCAUCCUCCGUUGUUCACGGUUCAUCAAGAAGACAACCAAAACUCGUCGGAAAACAGCGAUGAUUCUCCCCUUUCACCUCGGCGCUACGAAACCAAAGCAACGUCUACCUCUUCCCCUAGAAGAAGUAGUAGAAGAGGGACGCAAAAAAGGGUGGUGUACGUGCCGAUCAAAGAAGUUGAGGGAUCGCGGCUAAAGGGUGAGAAAAAUGCUCCGCCGGCUGAUUCUUGGGCUUGGAGGAAGUAUGGCCAGAAACCCAUCAAAGGAUCUCCUUACCCUCGGGGGUAUUAUAGAUGUAGUAGUUCCAAAGGAUGUCCAGCAAGAAAACAAGUAGAAAGAAGCCGGACGGACCCUACAAUGGUGAUGGUGACUUAUUCGUGUGAGCACAACCACUCUUGGCCGGCUUCAAGAAAUCACCAUCACCACAACGCGCCAUCCUCCCCACAAACUACCUCCAAUACUACCACUGAGGCCGCAAAUUCAAAUGACGACGAUCAUUUUGAAGAAGAAGCAGAAGAAGAUGACGAUCAAGAAGAGGCGCCAGUAGUUAUCUCUAGCCAAACUAAUAAUUCUUCUAAGCCAGAACCAGAACCUGAACCUGAACCUGAAUCGAGAUUCACAAGUCUCGAGGUGGGAACAUGUGGGCCAUUUUCAACAUCAACGGACCAAUACGGUUGGUUUUCAGACUUGGACUCUACAUCAUCAACGACCAUGCUCGAAAGUCCCUUGAUGUCUAGAGACAUGGUCGAAGAUAGUGAUGACAUGGCAAUGAUUUUUUCGAUUAGAGAAGACGAAGAGUCUUUUUUUGCUGAUCUAGGGGAGCUACCUGAAUGCACCACGGUGUUCAGGAGAAGAGGGAUAGAAAGGGUGGAGGAACAACACCGGAACUUGGCUUCAUGGUGUGGCACCACGGGGGUGAUCAAUCAUCAUUAUGCAAUAAUUCAAAAGUAAUUAAUCAAAGAUAAAAAAAAAAAAAAAAAAAAUUGGUCACCUAACCAAAUUUGUCUUUACUAUGGGCAGGAGGCACUUGUAAAACUCCAAGAUUUGCGUACAUUGCGGCUAAAGAUACCAAAACAAGCCAAUUUUAAAACGUUCCAAAUUUUAUAAUCUCUUUCUUUUUAUUUAUUUUAUCAUAGUUUUAGAUAUUCCAAGAUUUCAGUGUCAUGAGAAAUAAAUAAAAAAAUGGAAAUCGAGGGAAA